AUGGGGAAUCUCUACAAGAUGUUAGAUGGAUUGAAGCCGCUGAUAAUGAUGGUGACGGUGCAGAUCGCUCUCGCCGGGGUUAAUAUCCUCUACAAGUUGGUGGCGAACACCGGCAUGAGCUUGCCCAUUUUGAUCGCCUACCGCUUCCUCUUUGCUAGCGCCACGAUUGCCCCUCUCGCCCUCAUCCUCGAAAGGAAAACCAGACCGAAAUUGACUUGGAAGAUUCUGUAUCAAGCAUUUGCUUGUGGUUUGUUUGGGGGAACCUUGAACCAAAACUUAUAUGCUGCGAGCUUAGUGGUGACCUCCCCAACAUUUAUCGCAGCUAUAUCCAAUCUUAUUCCUGGAGUUACCCUUGUCCUUGGUGUCAUUUUUCGGAUGGAGGCAUUGGGAUUAAAGACAUGGCCUGGUAAAGCAAAGGUGGCUGGAACAUUUUUUAGCAUAGGAGGGGCAAUGCUUUUGACUUUCUACAAGGGGGUUGAAUUAGAUUUCCUGUCAACGAAGAUUAACUUCCUCCACCAGAGGGGAGACGUGGCACCAACCAAACAAAAGGCCCAGAACAAUGUUUUGGGCCUUGUGUUGGGGCUUGGUUCCUGCUUAUCUAUGUCGACCGGAUUGAUUGUCCAGACUAAGAUGUCACGAACAUAUCCAUGCCACUAUUCUAGCACUACAUUGAUCUCAAUCAUGGGGUCCAUUCAAGGUAUUAUUUAUGCUCUUUGUAUCGAAAGAGAUAUGAGCAUGUGGAAACUGGGGUGGAACAUCAAACUUCUAACAGCUGCUUACAUGGGUGUUUUUGCAUCAGGGAUAAUGUGUGUGUUGAUGAUGCUGUGUAUGAGGAUGAGAGGACCUCUUUACGUGUCGAUUUUCAACCCUUUGCUACUCGUGCUCGUCGCCAUUGCAGGAUGCUUGUUUCUACAGGAAAAGUUGCAUUUGGGAAGUGUGCUAGGGGUCGUGGUAAUAGUAAUUGGAUUGUACUUAGUAUUGUGGGGCAAAGACAGAGAAUUGAAAAAAGCGAACCGUUUGAUGGGAUCAAAGAGAUCCACAAAUCCCGCCAUCGAAGAAAGUGGAAGAGAAAGUUUAAGAGGAUUAAGUAAUUGUAGCAAUGUUAUUGUCAUUGCUCCAAAGUUUGCCCCAGAAUCGGGGGGCUUUGUCUUGAAUGAUUGUCAAGAAGAAGAUUUAGAGGCUAAGGUUUCUAGCACAAACAUCAAGACAUAA